CCAACUUUCCUGGGGAAGGAUGGCCUCCAAUUUCAAUGACAUCGUGAAGCAGGGCUACGUGCGCAUCCGGAGCAGGCGGCUGGGGAUUUACCAGAGAUGCUGGUUAGUAUUCAAAAAAGCUUCAAGCAAAGGGCCAAAGAGGCUGGAGAAAUUCUCAGAUGAACGAGCUGCUUACUUUAGAUGCUAUCACAAGGUCACAGAGCUCAAUAAUGUGAAGAAUAUAUUACGAAUGCCAAAAAGCACAAAGAAGCAUGCUGUUGGGAUUUAUUUUAAUGAUGACACAUCGAAAACCUUUGCUUGUGAGUCAGAUUUUCUGGGCAUUUAUACAGAACUUGAGGCAGAUGAGUGGUGCAAGGUGCUGCAGAUGGAGUGUCUUGGAACGCGAAUUAAUGACAUUAGCCUUGGAGAGCCUGACUUGUUGGCAUCUGGUGUAGAGAGGGAGCAGAGUGAGAGAUUCAAUGUGUAUUUGAUGCCAUCCCCUAAUUUAGAUGUGCAUGGGGAAUGUACCUUGCAGAUAACAUUUGAGAAUAUCUGUCUUUGGGACAUCCAGAAUCCCAGAGUAAAACUCAUCUCUUGGCCAUUAAGUGCCCUCCGACGCUAUGGGCGGGACCCAUCUUGGUUCACGUUUGAAGCAGGGAGGAUGUGUGACACAGGAGAAGGACUAUUCAUCUUUCAGACCAGAGAUGGGGAAGCAAUCUAUCAGAAGGUUCACUCGGCUGCUUUGGCCAUAGCAGAACAACACGAGCGCUUGUUGCAGAGUGUGAAAAAUUCAAUGCUUCAGAUGAAAAUGAGUGAGCGAGCCGUGUCCCUCAGCACCAUGGUGCCCUUGCCCCGCAGUGCCUACUGGCAGCACAUCACGCGACAGCACAGCACUGGCCAGCUCUACAGUCUGCAAGAUGUUUCUAGCCCAGUGAAGCUUCAUCGCACGGACACUUUUCCAACCUACAGAUCAGACCAUCGAUAAAAGACUGUAAAGAACUUUACAAACUCUUUGUCUUCUGACAAACUGCCCCAGUGGAUGACAGUGAUGAUGAUAAGCAAGGAUGGAAACACAGAAAAGUUCAGGUUGGAUGAAAAAUUCUUGGAAUACAAAGGUUUUUUUUAAACUUUGCCAAAAGCUGAAACUAUUCUGUAGAUAUUGGGGAGGGGAACAAAACCAACAAACCCUUCAAUGUAUCUUUUAUAUCUUACAGCUGGACAGAGAAGAAAUCACUCCCUAAAUAUUUCCAAAUGUUUUUGUAUGAUAGGUAUGCUGUAAAUAUGAGACUUCCCUGUUGUAGUGUGGUUCCAUUUUGUCUGUUACAGCUGUGUGUUCACUGAUGUCAGCUGUGUCAUCCUUGUUUGUUGUAAUGCUUAUCUUUAGUUAUUUACGUUAUUGUUCAGCCUAAUCCUUGACCUUUGAAAUGGUGGCCAGUUUUAAGCAGCUAUUGGAUACAAUUUUUCCUGUUUGAAGACUGAUGAAGACUUGAUUGAUUUCUUUUAAAAGCACCCUCUCUAUCUUCUACUUCCUGUAUUUAUUUCCAUCUCUGUGAAUGUUUAAAAUAAAAAAGUCCC